GGGCGGAUAAUCCGGAAGUUAGGGCUAUGGUGCAAUAUGUCUGGCAGGAGGAGAUCCAAGGCAAUCCGAUGUUUCGACUGUGGGAGCGUUUAAAGAAACUCUGCCAUUUGCUGUAUGACUGGAGCAGAGCCGGUACUACUAAUUCGUUAAGGAACAUCCGAACCCUCCAGGCUGAAAUUGAUCGGAUUAAAUUAAUUCACCCAAUUGACUGGGAGGAGGUCCGGCGGCUGGAAAUUGAGUUAGGUAGGCAGUGGGAGGCGGAGGAAGUUUAUUGGCAACAGAAAUCUCGAGUUCACUGGUUGAAAAAAGGAGAUAAGAAUACGACCUAUUUUCAUACGGUCACCAGGGCUCAUAGGAAGCGUAAUUUUGUGGCCGGCCUGCGGAGUGAGGAAGGUGAAUGAGUUAAUACGGAGAAUGGGAAGGCUACCAUUGCCACUACUUUUUAUCAAAAUCUGUUUACCUCAGAGAACAGAGUGUCGGAUAUCUCGGCUCGCGUGGCCUCUCUCCCCAUUUCUCACUGUGUUACGCCAGCGAUGAAUGCUGACCUCACAGCUGAAGUUCUCUCGCAGGAAAUUCAGGAUACGGUAUUCUCAAUGGGAACCAAACAAGCUCCUGGGUCUGAUGGUUUCACAGGGAAAUUUUUUAAGGCCUUUUGGGACAUUGUGGGGACGUCAGUAAUUGAGGCUGUUACCUCAUUCUUUGUGACGAGUAAAAUGCUCCGAAGCUUUAAUCACACCUGGCUUACUCUGAUCCCUAAGGUGGACAAUGUUGAGUUUAUGAGACAGUUGCGAACUAUCAGUUUAUGCCAAUUUGUGUACAAAAUUAUUACCAAAAUCAUGGUUGGGCGUUUGGCUGCUAUUCUGCCUCAAAUCAUAUCUGAGGGUCAAAAUGCCUUCAUUCGGGAUCGACAAAUAGUGAAAAAUAUCCUUCUUGGACAUGAAUUGAUGCAUUACUUGAAAAUCAAAACGCGAGGUAAGAAAGGGUUCAUGGCUCUAAAGGUUGACAUUGAAAAAGCCUAUGAUAGAGUUGAAUGGCCGUUUCUUCUGGCGGUUUUGGACAAGAUGGGUUUCAAUUCGGUUUGGAAAGGAUGGAUCUAUGAAUGCCUCCGUUCCACCUCGUUCUCGGUUCUGAUGAAUGGAACCCCUUCUGUGUAUUUCUCCCCUUCAUGGGGGCUGAUACAAGGGGACCCUUUAUCGCCAUUACUGUUCGUUAUUUGUACUGAGGGGUUUGCGGUGCUCUUGCGUAAGGCCAUUUCAGAUAAAAAGUUAGAAGGUGUUAAGGUGGCUCCUCGUGCUCCCAGGAUUUCUCAUUUAUUCUUUGCUGAUGAUUCUUAUAUGUUCCUGCAUGGUUCUCUCCAAGAAUGUGAGAAUUUACUGGAGGUUCUGAAUGAGUACGAGGAACUCAGUGGUCAAAAGGUUAAUUUGGCUAAAUCAGCAGUGUGCUUUAGUAAGAAUAUUUGGUUGCCGGAUCAAGAGUUUUUGGCUCAGAUUCUGGGGGUGGGUGCGGUGGGAGUCCAUGACAAGUAUCUGGGCCUCCCAAUGCUCUUCUCUCGAUCUAAAAUGGAUACCUUCCGGUACUUGGAAGAAAAACUGCUUGAGCGACUUUAGGGGUGGAAGCAGAGGACGUUGUCAUGGGAAGCAAAGGAGACUCUAAUUAAGUCAGUUGCUUUAGCGCUACCCUUACAUGUUAUGUCCUGCUUCAAACUUCCCCUGUCUCUUUGCCGACUCCUCGACAAGCACGUGGCUCGAUUCUAGUGGGGGCUGUUGAGGGGCAUCUAAGGAUCAGGUGGAUAUCCUGGCGGAAUAUGUGCAAAAGUAAGCAUGAUGGGGGGAUGGGGUACCGUCGCUUUGAACAAUUCAAUCAAGCUUUGUUGGCAAAGAUUGGUUGGCAGAUUCUCAACGAACCUCAUUCCCUGCUGGCUCAAGUCUAUAAAGGGAAGUACUUUCCUAAUGGGACCUUUCUUAAAGCUAUGGCAUGUUCUCGUCCUUCUUAGGGGUGGCAAGAUAUCUUAUAUGGAUGACAACUGCUGGAGAAGGGGCUACGGUGGCAGAUUGAGAAUGGGAGGGCGGCUUCUCUGCUGGAUUCCAACUGGGUUCCUCAAUCCCAUCCUUGGUCCCUCGUUCCCAACCCUCGAGUGUUGCCGGUAGGAGGGGACCCUAAGGUUGAGGAGGUCAUAUGUUAGGGAGAAGGGCAUUGGAAUGAUGUCAAGCUCAACCAGUGGUUUGACCCGGCUACCUGUGCGGCAAUUAAAGCUAUUCUCCUUCCCCGGCAAAAAGUGGAGGAUCGCCUCAUUUGGCAUAAUUCUCCUGAUGGUAGUUUUACUGUUAAGUCAGCCUAUCACCUUGCGAUUAAUCUUGAUAAGCAACGAGCGCGCUAGCGGUUUUUGGCUAGUUGGAUGGAUAAGGCCGGUUGGAUUAGACUUUGGGAGGCAAAUAUUCCGCUGAAGCUCAAAAUAUUCGUCUGGCAGUUAUUCCAUCAAAUCCUCCCUACGACGGAGGCCUUGCGGGAAAAGGAGGUUCCGGUGCUCUCUCGUUGACCGGUUUGCUGGGCGGAGUCAGAAACAAUGGAGCACUUAUUCUUGGAUUGCCCGGUGGCGCGAGCUUUGUGGGAGUAUUCGGGAAUGGAUUUCCUGGGUGAAGGGCUGUCGCGACAUACUUUCCCGCUGUUUCUCAAAAAAUUACUCUCACGUGUGCGUGAACCUUCUAUGUUCAUGGCGGUGGUAGCAGUCCUCUGGAGGAUCUGGCGUUCCCGAAAUUGGGUUGUUUUUAACGGAAAGCAGUUUGUGAUCCCAUUCCUCCUGCGUCAAUUCCACUAACAAUAUGAGGAGUGGAUCCACCUGCCAGUGGAGCCAGAUCCUCGGUCCUUGCUUCCUGGACCCCGGGCUCCCAAAUCUGUCCCGACUAGCUCAGUUGUGUGUUUGUAGGAUGGGGCUACUAGUCGUGGGAGGCACUCGGCAGGAGGGUUUGUAAUCUUGAAUUCGGCUAGGGAGGUUCUCUUUGUACAAGGAACCCAAUUCCCGGGUGUGGAUGACCCUGCCGUAGUGGAGUUACUGGCCCUGAGGGAGGCGCUUUUGGUAUGCAUAGGACACGGGGCAACGGAGGUUAGGUUUGAAGACGAUGCAAAGAUUGUCAUUGACAAAAUCAACCAGUCGGAUUCCAGGGAUAACCGGAUGGGGGCGGUUCUUGAAGAAGUUAUUCAUUAUUUUGCUGCUCAUCCUGGGUUUUCGGUUAGAUUUGUAGGUCGGAGUAACAAUAGGGUAGCCCAUCUAGUGGCUCGAAAAGCCCUCACUUUGUAUCCGAAUACGAGUCGGUUCUUUGAUUUUCAGGGCUGGCUUAAUUCCAGGAUGUAACGAUCUCUUAUCUCUUAUCAAUCAAUAUGAUUAUCUUUUGUCAAAAAAAAAAGAUUGUGCAUGACGUUUUGCUUUUGAGUUGUGACAUUGCGCAAGGUGAACUGCUUCGCUUAUCUCUAUCCCUUUCUUCUUUAAUUUCAGUUCAGUCUUGUUUUCCUUGCAUAAUAAUUCAUAAAUUUAUAU